CCACCAUACGUCAUCGUCAUAACAACCACAUGUAAAUAGCAUUGGGAACCAUCUUGUGAGUGGUGGAGACGAAAAACAGUGUAUGUUUUAAAUAACACCAAUAGUUGGUGAUUCUGUCGGCUUAACAAGAAAUAUGCCUGGCAGUGUAGUCUCCGCAGUUGGAAGUCAAACUUCUUCUGCUUCAUCAAGAAGAGGUAAAACUAAAAAUUACAGGACAGUAAGCAACCAUUCACAGAUUGACGAGUCUUUAUUUGGUGCCCCAAAUCAUGUUUCCAAACGUCAAGAGAUGCUACAGGAUAAGUGGAAUAACAACCAGGAAAUUACCAUUGAACAGAUGGCAAGAGAGAGGAGUUCAAAGAGAAAAAAUGGCAACGGAAAGAAGGGCAAAGAAACUGUUCAAGUGAUUACAAAAGACUUAAUCAGAAAUUUAAUUGUUCCAACAGAAGACCCAUCAGGCCAGUCCAUGAUCCUACAACGGUAUGAUUUCUACAGAGUCCUUAAAUCAGCAGAGGUCUUAACUAAAGAACAAAAAUUGGCAGAGUUAGCGCGUAUCAAGGAAGAAAAACUGAGAGAAGAGGAGGAAUGCGAAAGACGUAAAAACCAAAUGAAGGAGUAUGAUAUGGAUAGAAGGAAAAAUGAGGCACUUAACGAUUUAGAAGAAGAAGCAAAAGAGAAUGCAGAACAUCUACUGGCCAAGGCUAAUGAAAUGAGACAGGAGCAGGAAGAUGAAAUUAAACACCUGAACGAGCUAAUUUUGAAUGCUAAAUGCCAUGCUAUCAGAGAUGCUCAGAUUCUUGAGAAACAUCAGAUUAAGGGUGAGAUGAUUAGCGAAGAAAAACGUCUAGACUCCAUGAUGGAGGUCGAUCGACAGAAUGCUAUUAAGAUUCAGGAGGAGAUUGAGAAACAGAGAAAGGGGGAGAGAUAUCUAGGGGCAGCUAAACUCCUCGACCAGAUCCAGGAAAAUGAAGAGUCACGCCUGUUUGACCUUGAGAGGAAGGACAUGGAAAAUGUACAGAUGCAGAAAUACAUUGAGAAAAUGAUGGAAGAGGAUAAGACGAGUCUCGAGAAACGUAAAGUUGAACAGACAGUUCUCAGGGAGGAACUUAACAAAGCUAAUGAUGAGAUGAUUCACAGAAAAACACUCCGAGCAGAACAAGAGAGAGCAGAAGAGGAGAAAGUCAUUGAGUACAUGAAGAAGAAAGCUGAGAGAGAGGCUGCCUAUGAAAAGGAACAAGAACGCAUCAGGAUAGAGAAGGAGAAAGAAACAUCUCGACUACGAGCACUUCAGGAGCGUGCAAGGGAUGAACAAGCCGAAAGAGACGCUCUGCGAGCAAAACGUGCCCAGGAACAGACAGAGCGGGAAUGGAGAAAGAAAGAGGCAGAGGAGAUGCGCAAAAAGGCUGAAACCGAAUGCAUGUUGAUUGAAGCACGUGCUAAACAGAUGAACCAGAAAGAGCACUUCUUGGCAGUCCAGGCACAAAGGGAACGUGUCGAGUUUGAAAGAGUUUUACAUGCCCAGAAGGAACUAGUUGAGAAGGAACGUCGAGAGGAACUGGAAGCUACCAAGAAACGCCAUACCCAUGCUGACGAUGUCCGUCAACAGAUCCGCCAGAAGGAAACACACCGUAUUAUGGAACGUAAUGCAUUCUUUGAGGAGGGUGUUAAGUUGGACGAGGAAGCACGCAUCCGACGAAGCAAGUUAGAGGAAGUUAAGAGGAAGAAGCUGGGAGAGUUGAGAAAUGCUGGAAUUCCGGAAAAGUAUUUGGCACAAGUGGAAAGAAAGAUCACAGCACCCCAGCAUGUCAGUGCUUGAUGAACACCUGAUAGACUGUCAAAAAUACAAACAUUCCAGAGAUUAAGAUUUAAGUAAAACUGUUUAAGUAGAUAUUCGCUGGAUAUUACAACGAGAGGCAUAUAUAUAAAAAAGUGAAAAAGCGAAAACCCAGUCGAGUUCAGCUUGGUUUUAUUUCAAGUAUAUAGCUCACAGAACUAAGAUUCAAGUACACAAAUAUCACAUCUUAGAUAUUCGGUAAACGAUAGUGAAUUUAAAUAAGACAAAAAUGAAUUUGAAUAUAGACUGAACACUUUGACUGAACACUAAAAGUAUUCAUUUUUAAAGCUAGAACAUUAAAAGUGUUCAUUUCUAAAGCUUGAACAUUAAAACUGUUAAUUUUUAAAGUUUUUUUUUUUUUAAAGAGUUUAUCUGAAAGGCAAUUUUUCGGUAUUGCGUGUAUGAAAAUUCUUUGUUACUCCGAUCCAUGGCGUAACAUGUUAUGAUCAAAGUUCAUAUAUCACAAAAUGUUGAAGCUAUCCAACCUCAUUUUGUUUAUAGGUCAUUUUCAAUAUUAGUACAUUGUUAAUAUCAUCCUGUAUUUCCGUUUCUUACGAAACCCAAACAUCUAUACAUUUCCACACAAUUUGCAGCAGACAUCUUGAAUUUUAUACUAAUUUGCCAUAUCAAACAAUUAUUUUCCUGAAAUUUCUGGAAAAACAAUAAUUGGUUUAUAUGGUCAGCCAAGUAUAAGUCACUAUACGCUGUCAACCUGAAUUUUUCAUAAUUUUUUUCAAAAGGAAGAUAAAAGUUGAAUGGUUGACUCAAUGCUGCAUGUUUUGUUCUGAGCACACUAAUACGGUUGUGUCCAAGUAUAUCAAAGCUGUGAUAUAUUAUAUGUUUUAAUGUCAUGUGAUAAUUUAGUUUAGAACCAGAGAGGUGUGCUCAGUUUCCGUACUUUUAAGUAUAGCAUUAGAAUUGGCACAUUUAUAUUGAAACAAGCAUUCGGUGAUAAUAAGAAUUACAUUUCUACCUUGUUUAUAAAAUGUCUAAUAUUAUCACAUUUGCUGUCAAAUUAAAACAGAAACUAAUAAAUGUUACACGUUUUGAGUUGGUUUUUUAAAAAUAUUUAAUGAAAGAACUUUUUCCUAGCAUCUGUUUGAAUUAAUCAUAGUACAGUUAAGCUUUAAUUAUUUUGAUACUAAAAACUUUCAAUAAAGAAAUUUCAUCAUUUUAUUUCGCAUUGAAAUCUUCUUAUUUUGAAACUUGUUUCAUUUCAAUAUUUUGCUAAUCUGUAGGGAGAUUAUUUUUUUUAAAAGUGUUAGUGUCACAAUCAAGAAUUUAAAAUUAAUAUAAGAGGUUAAGUAACAAGAAGAUCAGGCACAGAAUGAAGGGUUGGAUGAUGCUAAUGUGUCAGAUUUUAAUCAACGGGGGUAUUUUGAUACAACUUAAUUUUACUGUCAGUGUUUGGUUAUAAAUGUGAUGGAUGAUCUGAGAGUGCAACCUCUGUUUCUCAUUGAUAAAUACCCUCUGUACAAAAAUGAAUAAAAAAAAUAUUUAUUACAUUA